AUGACUGACGAAGAGCUCGACCGUGACUGGAAGCCAAAUGGCCGCCGACCCCAAUCAACUAUCGCCAGGUCCUUCUCCCAGGAACUAGGGGAUAUCUUCCGCAUCGACAACAGCGUCGCCGAUCUAGAUGAGCAGAUCGACAAGCGGAAACAACUGAUCACUACACAAGCCACUGAGCUGGAGGCUCUCGAGGCCCGAAUCCGCGAGAUGGAGCAGCGACUGCGCCAACGGCCCCCCGUGGGCAACGCCUUCGACCAGCCACAAGCGUCGGAGACGGGGGCUGAGGCGCCUCCGCCGCUUCCCCAGAAAGACCACGCUCGGCGAGGCGCACACGACCAGCGGCAGCAGCAGCAGCAGCAGCAUAGCAGGAGCCGAGCCGGCACGGCAAGGCAGGCUCACCAGGCAAUGCCGGGCGCACUGCCGCCGACGCCGGUAGCUAGUGAAGGUGAAUACGAGCUCGUCAUCCGCAGCCGCAGCACACUCCCCAACACCAUAUCAUCUUCCUCUAUCACCGGGCCUACGUGCAUCUCCAACCUCCAAUCAUCCUCCCCCUCCUCCCCUGCCCCUUCCCUGGACGAGCCUGGCCGUCAUCCCAAGGGAUAUACGCCCGAGACCGCUAACUUUGCCGACGUUGCUGACUUUGUUAUUGUUGCUGCGCAAGAUGGCGACGACGAGCAGGACGCCUAA